AUGGGCGAAAGUGUGCCGCCUCCGUCGCAGCAGCAGCAGCAGCAGCAAGUUGGAGCGGCGACUGGGCCGCGUUUCCGCAUUGUGCCUGGGCCUGUCCUAGCCGAGAAUAGCCGCACAAAUGAUUUUAUGCACGAAAUAAGUUCACAUCCAGUGAAUAUUGCAUCUGUUGCAGAUGACGGCGCCAUCUUUUGGUCAGCAGGGAGCGGAGAUGCAGAUGCGCACUUCGCACCCCAACAGCAACAGCAGCAGCAACCACAGCAGCAACAAGUGCAUGUGGUGAGUGCUGCGACAGUUCGAAGUGCUGCCAAUGCGGCCGAGCAGGCUAGCAUGGUGUCAAAAUGCGCCCGAUUCUUCAAAACGCUCAUUCAUCUCACGCAGCAUCCCGACCAACAACAGACAGCACAGCGAGUCACUGAGCUUGUCAAUCAAGUGAUAUAUGGAUCGAUGCCGCCAGAAGUGUUUACCACUCGUCUUCAAGAUGCUCUUCGCUCUCAGGCACAGCCGCAUCUCCUUCCAUUUCUUCAAAAGACGUUGCCGGCACUUCGUGCCGCACUGCAGAAGGGCGAAGUGACGAUCGAGGGAAUCAGCGCCCCAAACGCGCAGCAGCAACAGCAAUCUUUUGCGGAAAUCUCGCAACCGUCGGCACAGUGGGAUGCGAAUCAGCGGGGAAACAAUGAAAAUGCUUUUGUGCAACAGGUACAGUACAGAUACACCCCGACAUCUCGAGAUGUAUCUGUGCUGUACUACACUGUAAGAAAUUAUCUGUGCUGUACUGGGAUACCUUCUUAA